UCACAGUCGGUCAGGUAGUUGACAUUUGACACCGACCCUUGCCAACCUUGCAAUCUAGCAACGGUUCUCACAGCUAAGGUGGUUUUGCCAUGAAAUCUUCGGUGGAAGAGAGCACUUCGUGGGAGCUCUUCCAGGCUCGCGGAGAAGGUCCAUUGGGGGGAACGGCUUUCAGUAGAAGACGUGGGAGCACAGCUCACCGACUGCUCAAAGGGCAUCCAACUGAUUCUUCCGAUCUCCACAAGGUUAAAGAGGAUACCGAGCAUGGUAUGAUGAUUGACGCUGGAUCGCAGGGAACGCGGAUACACGUCUAUGAGUUUCCCGCCCGCGUCUUGACACACCGCAAUCACGUCAAGCAUGUUGUUCAAGGUCGCAAGCUCACGUUUCCGAGUACGGACUCUCGUUGGACGGAUCGUCUUAAGCCUGGAUUGGACGCAUUUGCUUUUAUUGAAGACGAAGGAUCCCGUCGAGAACAGGUGCGAGCCUAUUUGCAACCACUAAUCGGCUUUGCCGAGGAAGUGUUGGAAACGAAACGCCAUCACUGGCUUUCGUAUCCAAUUUACCUCAAAGCUACAGGUGGAUUGCGAACCCUACCUCGCCCGUAUCGUACACGCUUGGUGGAAACCACGCGCUCUCUCUUUCGUAAUUCCACUUUCAAUCCAUUCUUUUUUGAAGACGAACACGCCCGAGUUAUAUCCGGAGAAGAAGAGGCCAUAUACGGUUGGGCGGCCGUUAACUUUGUAACGAACACAUUGAUUGCGAACUCCGAAGGAUCUGGCGAAGUUCUCGCCCCAAAUGUAACGUAUGGUGUCUUGGAAAUGGGAGGAGCCAGUACGCAGAUCGGCUUUUUUGAACCCAAUGGGGACGUCAUGGCGAAUUUGUUCAAGCUACAGAUUGGGGCCGCCAAACACUGGAACGUGUACGCCCAUUCGUUCCUGUACUUUGGUGUCAACGGUGCGUUUUCGCGCCUCAACGCGCAACUUGUCCAAGAAGCCGAGCUCAAUCAGGACAGGGUAUUGCCGGGGCCGAUAGACGGCGUGUACAACCCUUGCUUACCCGUGGGGAGUCAGUAUCGUUUUACGUCACGAAUUCAUGUGUUACCGGAUGGGUCCCUCUUGCCCUUGUCAAGCCCCGAGAAUGCCAGCACAAUUGAAGCUAAGCUCUAUUCCGCAAUAAUGCGCAACAACAAAGAAAGCGCGGAUUUUGGUCAAUGCGUUAGCAUGGUCAAGCUAUUGUUAAGGAUGGAAGCGAAUAGCUGGUGUAAUUUUUCGCAUGAUCGCGAUUGUUCUUUUGCUGGCAUUUAUCAGCCUCCGCUACCGAUCAAUGAGUACGACUUUGGCGAAUUUAUUGCGACGUCCAAUUUUUACCACGUGUGGGACUUUCUCGGCCUGGAAGAACGGUCUACAGUAGAUGAAGUGCUUGAAGGGGCCAGACAUAAUCGUCCGAAGCCUCUGUCCGACGACGACCUGAUUCAGUACUGUUUCCGGGCUACCUUUGUCGCCGAGCUUUUUCGAGGGUGGGGGUUUCCGGGGGACUACCAUAUUACAUCGGUUGAUCAAGUGAAUGGUCUGAAACUAGGAUGGGCCCUGGGUUCCAUGCUUUAUGAAAUCAAUACGCUACCGUGGGCAUUUGAGAGCAAGCAUACCUUGAAAAAGAUUGCGCCGAAGUUACUAGGUUCAGCAAUGCCUGAAGAUGACUUCGAACCGCACGAAUGGGUUUUAGUGAUUCUUGUCGUAGGUAUGGUGCUAUCCGCUAGCGUUUGGGCAGCUACAAAGAUCCGCCGUCGAAGUUACCGCAAUACUAGGCUUACCGCGUUUGCUCCCGAGUCUGCCUCUCUGGCGACGCCCCGUAUUGGUCGACGUCAACCUCAAAACUACGGAGCAACGGAAUAUCGUUCUACCUUCGAAGACGAAUGA